AUGAAUUCAAGUGACCUCAGCCACCUCGACGACGCGUCUAAUCCUCAUGUUACGCGUGCAUACUACGAGCGCCUAUAUCCAUUCAAGCAGAUGUACCAAUUCUACAAUGGCGACAUAGUCCCCACCCGCCAAUUCACAAACCGCGAAUUCGCCUUCACCGUCAAAGACGACAUAUAUCUCCGCUAUCUUUCAUUCUCUACCUGGGAUGACUGGAAGAAGGAGACACUCCGACUCAAUCCGAGUAGAUUCGAAAUAGGUGCCGUAUACACGGCUAGACCACGCGAUAAGAAAUCUCUCGCUCCGUCCGCCUUCAAGACAAAAGAGCGCGAGUUGGUAUUCGAUAUUGAUAUGACAGACUACGACGACAUACGCACAUGCGCAGCUGGCAAAGAUAUAUGUCAGCAGUGCUGGGGGUUUGUAGUGGCAGCCAUGCGCGUUCUCGACACUGUCCUGCGACAGGACUUCGGUUACAAGCACCUGCUAUGGGUGUUCUCAGGGCGCAGAGGUAUCCACUGCUGGGUGUCUGACCCAGCCGCGCGAGCACUGACGGAUGAGCAGCGAAAGGCACUCGUGGGGUACAUAGAGGUGGUCCGUGGGGGUGCGCACCAGGCGAAAAAAGUGCACAUAUCGCAGAAUCUACCCAAAGGCGCACCAUGGCACCCCGCCCUUACGCGCAGCUAUGAGGACCUGCAGGCGUGCUUCAAGGACACGGUACUUGAGCAGCAGGACGCCUUCCGUGAUGAUGCCGGCUGGCGCACUCUCCUCACUCUCCUCCCCGACCCAGUCAUCGCGAAGGAGCUCACUGACAGGUGGACUGCACAGCCCGGUCUUAACUCACAUAGGAAAUUCGACAUGGUGCGCGCGUCUAUUAAAAAAUCAACCGUCGCCGAACAUAUCUGGAACAGCGCACUGAGAGAGGUCGUCUUACAAUACGUAUAUCCGCGCAUCGACACGGAGGUCAGCAAACAUCAGAACCACCUCCUGAAGGCACCGUUCUGUAUACACCCUGGUACUGGCAAGGUGUGUGUGCCGGUAGAUGUCAGCCAUGCGGAGGAUUUUGAUCCAAGUCGCGUACCGACGAUUGGACAGCUGCUGCGUGAGCUAGAGUCGUUACCGGCUGUUGCUGGUGCAGAUACUGCACUCGACUGGUCGAAAACGUCGCUCGCGCCAUACAUCACCAUGCUCGAAAAGGAAUCUGAACAAAUAAUGGCGGAAACGAGGCGAGUGAAGAGGGAGGCUAAUAGCCGUAGUCUAGAUUUUUAA